UUUAAAAUUAAAUACGGUAAUUUAAUUACCAGCUGAUCGUUAUCAAAUCGUUUUCCUUUAAAUUCAAAAUUAUGUUUAAGUAUAUAGUCUUAAAUUAGUUUCGGUGAUAUCUUGGCAAAAUUAAAAGUGUAAAAUUAUAUUAAAUUAAAAAAAGAAAACAAAAUGUCUGUCAAACUUCACAAUGAAUAUCUGAUGCCAUCAUUAGCGUUAGGAACCUAUAGUAACAGACCCGAGGAACCGUGGACAGAUAUGAUUAAAUAUGCCUUUAAUAUCGGUUACCGACAUAUUGACAGUUCUCCUCUACAUCGCAACGAGAAGAUAAUCGGAGAGGCCAUUGCUGAAAUAAUAUUGGAUGGUGAAAUCGAUAGAGAAGAUAUAUUUGUCACAACUUUGGAAUAAUAAGCAUGAAAAAGAGGCUGUUGUUCCUGCCCUUAAGAAAACGCUUGCCAAUUUAGGUUUGCAAUAUGUCGAUUUAUACAUGAUACAAUGGCCAUUUUCUGUACCAGACAUUCCUGGCGAAUUCUUCCCGAGAGGUAAAAAUAAUAAAGUUUUGACUACUGAAACAGAUUUUAAAAGCACUUGGAAAGGAAUGGAAGAAUGUGUUGAAAAAGGACUAGCGAAAUCUAUUGGACUUUGCAAUUUUAAUAUUCGUCAAAUAAGAGAAAUUAAUUUCAGUACAAGAAUCAGGCCAACUGUUGUUCAAGUAGAAUGUCAUCCUUAUUUAUCACAGGUGGAAUUGAUAAACUACUGUAGAUCGUUGGAGAUAAUAGUAACUGCUUAUAUGCCUCAAGGGAAAAAACUUCCUCCUAUGAAAGGUCGUUCUCUCCUAAACGAUCCGGUUUUAAAUACUCUUGCUCGAAAAUACAACAAAACCCCUUCUCAAAUUGCUCUACGAUAUCAGUUGGAUAGAGGAUUGGCUGUUAUACCCAAAUCUUCAAAAAAGGCAAGGUUGGAGGAAAAUUUCAAUGUUUUUGAUUUUUCAAUCAGUGAAAAAGAUGUUCUGGUAUUAGAUUGUCUUAACAAGAACGAACGAUAUUUAGAUUUAAAAGAAUAUAAUCAACAUAAGCAUUAUCCGUUUCAAUAUGAUAAUAAUGACCAAGAUAUCCUCCAUGACGCACACCAUGAUAUCCUCCAUGACGUCCACCAUGAUGUCCACAAUGAAGAGUUGGUUGCUGAACACAUUACCAGGCUUUGUGGAUUCCGAGGAUCAGUAAAAAUAUUCAGAUUUUACAAUAAAAGUUUUAAAAAUUAUUUCGCAUGGUACGGGGUUCUGUCUAGAGAUAGACACAGGCUGACCAGACCGGAAGCAAAGUGCCAGGAGGGCUGGUCGUGCAACCUGAUGGAGCAUAAGGUGCACAUCGAUGCACUAGGCUGCACCAAAGUAAAACCAAAUAAUUGUUUCCAAAAAUUAAAUUUAUCCGUAACAAAUGUAGAAUAAGAGCAAAUUUUUAAUAAAGAGUUUUAUUGAUAAUGUAUAUAUCUCCA